AUGCCUGUCAUACCUAUUCAGUAUGAAAGUUUGAAGGCGAUUCUGCCUUACAUGGAACCAAAUACACGAUUUCAAAUAUCUUCCCGCAUGCCUUCAGUCAGCUCUCUGGAGAGCCGUCUACCGCUGAAAAUCGAGAAUUUGACGUUUACAAUAAUAGAUACGAAAGUGAAUAAGGUCUCCUACGAGCUUGGUGUAUACCGUGAUUACGGAUGCAAUGAAACUCCUUCCGAUGUUGUCCGUAUGAAUCAAUGUGGAGGGUCUUCCCAUGACAUUGAUCAAUAUGGACUUAUCAUAUUUCCCGGAUUGAACAACGUACUUCCAGGAGAUAUCGAUUUGAGAACAACAGUUCAAGUAGAUGCUCCGGUUUAUACGGAGGAAUGGGAACACGGUCUCGUGGAGCAGUUGAGAAUUUUAAAAAUGUUGUUAGCCGAACGGUUGAAUCAGGAAUAUAUUGAAGACGACGAAACCAGGAAUGCAGGAGCUUCCAAUGAAACAUUUCGACAAAUUGUAUUGAACGAUUCUGUAGAAUCCAUUCAACUUCAAAUUCAAUUACUUCGGGACCGGCUCAGUGCUUAUACCAAUCUUCGAAACAAUCGAAUUCCUCCAUAUACUCCUUGGAUUCAAUUCGCUACACGCUUUCCAAAAGGAAUCACAAUCCAACGUGUUGCAUACAAUAAGUAUCUUUAUGAAGCGACAAAGGCGGUGCACACGAAACUGUUUGGAAAUCGUGAUUCGAAUAUAUCAGUGAAGAAUCUGAAAAUUGAGCUUCCCAAUCGAAUUCUCCGUUUUCCCACCGCAACUAUUUUAAAAAUCGAAAAUUUAGAAAUUGCAUUCUGGAAUUCACUUGCAUUUGAAAGUUUCAAACAAGUCAUUCAUCUAUCAUCUCUUCCACUUCAACAACUGAAAGUUUCAAGUAGUGUUUUUGCUGCGGAUUUUCAACACACCAUUGUGGGAGAGGCAAAAAGAUUGAUUAUCAAUAAUGUUACCAAUGAUAAUCGUUCAUGGACCCCAAUCCUUUUGAAUCUGACCAACCGAAUAGUGUACUUGGAGAAUGAGAACAGACUGAAUCCACCAAAUAAUUAUAUGGAUUUGAUUGAGAAUUGGUUGGAGAGAGGACGACCGGUUGGGACCACUUUUUCUAUGGGAAUCAAAAACGAAGAAACCGUGACGCAAUGUUUGGAUGCUCUGAGACAGAGGCAAGAAGUUCUUGGAUCUUCUGAAAAACAUGUUCAACUCCGAAUCGACACUGCAUUGAUGCUCAACGUCUCCUAUGAAAUGAUAGAACAACCUGGAAGAUUACAGAGAGAUGACCAGUCGAAGUGGCGGCUGAGACUGAAAGUUGUUCGUGGAAGAUCUGAUUAA